AUGGUAAAGUUCUCGCACGGUUGCUGGCAUCCAGCCCCAGAUACUCUCAUCGACUGGGCAGUCGAGACUGUCGUCGCUGAGACGAGAGACGAGGCAUUACAUUUUGUAACGUCUUCAAAGCCGAUUAACCAUCGCGGCGAUACGUUAAACAACCCUACAUUGACCCAUUCUCUCAGUUCACCUACCGACAACGUCUUGUACUUAUCGUCUACACACUGGAUAAAGCAAAAGAGCGUCGCCCAAGGACCGCAUUUCGAGUUAUUUCCAGAUGGAAAGGUUGACCAUACAGUUAAUAUUGAGACUUCAAAAACAUCGGAGAGACUGCAACUCCGAGCUGGUGACUUGGCUGCAAGCGUAGAUACCAGACCAAAAUCUUUCGAUAUCAGCUUCCAUGCCAAAGACAAACUCUUAACAAAGCUCGGAUGGCGCUCAGUUGGCUACGUCAAACAGGGCACCACGGCGCUUCACCCGAGAGCCAACUACAUCGAUCCGAACAAAGGCCAGAGAUGGGUGACAUACCAGCUUCAACUUGGGGUGGGAGACAAGGUCUUUGGACUGGGUGAACGAUUUGGUCCUUUUGUUAAAAAUGGACAGAGUGUCGAAAUUUGGAAUGAAGACGGGGGUACUGGCUCAGAACUCACAUACAAAAACAUUCCUUUCUUCAUUACCUCCGCUGGCUACGGAGUCUUCAUUCCAACAUCUAACUUCAUUUCUUUCGAAAUUCAAUCUGAACGCACUACUCGGGUCAACAUUUCCGUGCCUGGAGAGACCCUAGCUAUGUAUCUGAUAUACGGCCCGGAUCCAAAGUCGAUCAUUGAACGAUACAGCACAAUUACAGGCAAGCCAGCGCUUCCACCAGCAUGGACAUUUGGGCUUUGGCUCAGUACAAGCUUUACUACGGAGUAUGAUGAAGGCACCGUUAACUCCUUUCUCGAUGGGAUGCAUGAACGCGAUAUUCCGAUCAGCGUGUUUCAUUUUGAUUGCUUCUGGAUGCCAGCGUUCAAGUGGUGCGAUUAUGAGUUCGAUACGGACUACUUUUCAGAUGCGAAGGGACAGCUGGCUAGAAUCAAGAAACGUGGAGUUCACAUUUGCGUGUGGAUCAACCCCUACAUUGCACAGGAAAGCGCUAUAUUCGACGAGGCUGCAGAAAAGGGGUAUUUGCUUAAAAGGACUGAUGGAAGCGUUUGGCAAUAUGACUUCUGGCAAGCGGGUAUGGGUUUUGUCGACUUCACGAAUCCCGAUGCGUGCAAAUGGUACCAAGGCAAGCUUCAGGCACUCAUUGACAUCGGUGUCGACUCUUUCAAGACCGAUUUCGGUGAGCGCAUUCCAACUGGAGAUGUUGUCUAUUUCGACGGUUCCAGCCCCGAAAAGAUGCAUAACUACUAUGCAUUCCUCUACAACAAGGUCACGUUUGAGGUGCUGUCUAAGGCAUUCGGUGAGAACAAUGCUGCUCUUUUCGCUCGCUCUGCCACUGCUGGCUGUCAACGCUUUCCAGUUCAUUGGGGCGGAGAUCCAUAUAGUACAUUCGAGGCAAUGGCCGAAACACUGCGCGGUGGAAUGAGCCUCGCCCUUACUGGGUUUGGGUAUUGGGCUCAUGAUAUUGGCGGGUUUGAGGGAAAGCCGGACCCGGCAUUAUUCAAAAGAUGGAUCGCUUUUGGGCUAUUUUCUAGUCACUCAAGAUUACAUGGCAGUGGCAGCUUCAGAGUGCCCUGGUUGAUCGACGAGUCUGGCGAGGCAGACAAAGUUUUGAGGCACUUUGUCCAGACGAAGCACUCCCUAAUGCCCUAUCUUUACUCCAGUGCUAUCAAAACACAUAGAACGGGAGUCCCCAUGCUGCGAGCAAUGUUCUUAGAAUAUCCGGAGGACCCUAUGGCCUGGCAUCAGGAUAUGCAGUACUUCCUCGGAGACAGCUUGCUGGUCGCCCCGGUUUUCAAUGCCGAGGGACGGAGUCAAUACUACCUUCCAAAGGGUGAUUGGUACGGUAUUCUUGAUGGUAAACUGCGCUCUGGUGGGGGAUACGUCACAGAAGAGCAUGAUUUCUUCUCUUUGCCUGUUCUUCUCCGACCUGGAUCGGCCGUAUUUCGCAGCUUGAGCCAAAAUCUGGAGAGCGUGGUGUACGACUGGAGCAAGGACGUGACGCUGUUAGUGAACUGGGUUGAGGGAAUGAAAACGACUGUGGAGAUUGCAGAUCAUGAAAAGCUUGGCUUCUCUAAAGUCGCUCUCAAUAUCGACGAUUCAGUAGAGGGGGUUACUAUGAAUCUUGUCAAAGGUUCAUUUACCGGCUCGGUAGAUGUCAAGCUGGUAAACAAGAGCAUUGUAUCGGUUCAUGGAGAAGCCAUUGACAGUAAUACUCUGCGCUUUAAAGAAGGGUUCUCCAAGAUCACAUUCAAGGUAAAGUAA